GGAUGGAGCAAGGUCCUAUUGAAGUAGGGCAAUUUAUCAGAAUUGCUAAUAUAUGUUAGUAUUCACACCUAUAUAUCGUGAGUAUACUAACAGCCACCAUCGUACCUAUACCAGCUAGCAUGUGGCGCAGGCCCCUUAACAACCCUUAAUUACCUCCGACUUUCCACCGACCUACCUAUCUCGUAAUACCUUUCCAUGAACCCUUCCCAAACCAACCAUCAACCAAUCCAAUCUCCUUCAGAAUCCCAAAGAGGAAUAAAUUAUUAAAAUUUGACCAUAAUACUAAUUCUAAACUUUAUAAUACCCCUAAAAAUGCUAGUCACCACAGUCCCCAUCCCCUAUCCCCUCACUCUCCAAGCAGAGCCCCUAACCCCCGCAUCAUUCGCCCCUUUCGGCUCCGUCCUCACAAACCCAGCACCCACACUCCGACCCCAUGAAGUCCCGGCCAAACCUCUCCCCUCGGGCCACGGGGCCGUGUCCGCAAACCAGGGCACGGCCAUCCAGUACCGUGCCCUAGCGCCACCACUAAGAGACUUAUACGCCCAAGCGCCUAGCCGCGCGGCAGCAGAACCCCGAACAACUAUGUUCGUAUGUCAAGCGCGGGACUUACUCCCUGCUGAAUCACUUGGCAGCAGCAAUGAUAAUAAGGGGAGGGCAGAAAGCGAUGGUGGCUUCUUCGAAGUAAAAAUCCUCGAACGCCACCCCUUCACCACGCAGACCUUCAUCCCGCUUAGCGUACCCGCCUCCUCGUCAACGCGGUACUUAGUCACCGUAGCACUAAGCUUAGCACCAGGUAGCGCGGACAAGGACCUCCCAGCACCUACUGAAGGUGCCAGCGGUAGUGCGAGUAAACCACAGCCCCAACUCCCAGGCCGGGGACUACCGGACCUAACGGGGUUACGCGCGUUCAUAGCUACAGGUGCGCAGGCAGUUACCUACGGGGCGGGUACAUGGCAUGCGCCUAUGGCAGCUUUAGGACCGCGCGGGUCUGCGAUAGAUUUUGUGGUUGUGCAAUUUGCUAAUGAUGUGCCGGUUGAGGAUUGUCAGGAGGUAGCACUUGGGGGAGAGAAUGAAAAGGGGAAAGACCCAAGGAUACUAGUCAAAGUGUCGGCGAGUACAGCCAGGCUUUCCAAGCUAUAAGUUAAGGCAGUUUAGGUAGCAAGUUUAAUAGAAGCGGGUUCAACCGAAUUCGUUGUGGUGUGCAGCGAGGGUAACCCCGUAAUAUACCCCCGCUUAUGCGCGAAUGACUGGUGAUAUCCAUUGUUGCCGCGUUUCAGGGGUGAUAGAAGCUUCCGGAGAGUUUGAAAAGCGGAGAUAUUGGCGACAUUUACCUGUGUAUAUGUUAGACGAGGAAGGAGCAAGUUCACUUUAUCAUAGUACCUGGUGCUGGUGCCUUUUUCAGAAUUUUUUGAUGCAUUCAACUAGCGCAAAACGCGGCCGGGAAACAAAUGUACAAUGGU